UCGUCUUGUGCUCACACUCAAACAAGUAACAGGCAAAGUGAAUGAAAAUGAGCUAAAGAUCCUCGAGGAUGUAUUUCUAAAACGAUAUAACUUCAUUAAAGACAUUGGUAAAAUGAUAAACUUUGAGUACUAUGAGGAAGAACACCAGAUUGUGAUCGAUGUGAGGAAGUCAGAGGGAGACACCGACGUGACUGCCUUGGCCUACUACAUUGAAAGAGAUGUUACAGGGCUGCCCCUGUUCAAGGGCCGGGGGAAGUCUGAGCUGAUAGUUGGCAUCAGGAAGCUGGAGGUGGAGAACAUCAAUACCUAUUAUGUAGAUGAGAAGCCCCCAACCUUCCCAACAACGAUCCCUGUAGGAGGAAUCAUAGGAAUCGUGCUGUUGGUGGUUCGCUGUGUGAGGAAGCGUCAAGGGCAAAGAACUGGACACGAUACUUGA